AUGGAGGGCAGGUUUUCCAAACAAAAUCGCACCAUAAUCCUUGCGACCGCUACUUCCUCCAUCAUCAUCAUCAUCAUCAUCAUCAUCAUUGCUAUUGGCGCUACCUUGUGCUGCCGCGACCGCAGGCGCAAAGCACGCUUGUUUAGACGAGGCAUCACUCCGAUUGACGAUGAGGAAAUUGAAUCGUGGAAGGUGGGCCGCGGAGCAGGUGAAAAGCUGUCCGAGGAUAAGGCAGGGCAGGAAUCUCGACCCAACCCCGUGGGUUGCAAGGUCCACAGGCCCAGCGGUUCCAUUGUAUCCGUACAGAAGCCACCUGCUGUCAUUACAUACCCGGAAUCUUCACAGCCCAGCCCGUGCUCAUCAAGGAACCGGUCUAUGGCGCUGCUGGCGUCAAGAAAAGAUGGAACCGACGUGCCUUCCAUCCCGAUCCCGGCUGUCCUCGCCCGAGCCCCAAAUUCGCGACCAGGUCUAUCCGACGAGAGUGUGCAAGGGGCAGAUGCCUUUGUAGCUCAAGCCAAGCGUCAUCCGACACGCCUGGCCAAGAAUCGUCCGCUCACCACGCGACAUGAGCGGUCAAAAAGCACGAGAGCUACAACGUCACCUCGUUACACGUGGUACGAUGAUGCGCUGGACCAUCCGCGGUCCCCUCGUCGAUCUGCGGAUGCCGUCAUUCCCACGUGUUACACGAUGGGACAGCAAGACAUAGAAGGCAUGCCCUUAUUUCGCUCCAGUCCUCCCCGAGAAUUUGUCCAUGGCCAUGUUGACCAAGAGCCCUUCCUUGGCGGUCUUUCUCCUCGUCCUCGACACAAGGGUCAGAAACUGGACCACCCAUGGGCCCCCGGACACAAACCCCGGGAGGGGACCGAUUUGGGAUGA